AUGAAGGAAUUCUUUGAGCCCGACUUGAACUCAGAGUCUGUGCGCUUCCAGCUUCUACUGCUCCUGUUCACGGCAGGAGCUGCGACUGCUGCUCUCACACAGGUUGGACACAGUCCUGAUGGACGUCAACAGUACAGAACUCAAGGGCCCGGAGGCUACUCGUUCGGCUACAGCCACGCCCACGGUGCAGGCGAUGGCGCCUCGUGGCGCAAGGAGUCCGCGGAUGCGGCGGGCAACGUGAUCGGCUCGUACGGUCUCAAGGACGCCGACGGGAGGGUCAGGGUGGUCACGUACGUGGCUAACCAAGAUGGCUUCCAGGCGAACGUCCAGUUGAACGAGCCCGGUCUGCCCCAGCAGCACCCAGGACUCGGGGCUGGUAUUACUCAAUGGCCUAUUCCUCAAGGUCGCGUGCACGGACACAAUCCCGGGGCACAUCCAGGAACAGCUGCAACCACGUCACACCGGGGUUCUUGGGCAGCCAGUGGUAGUCCUCACGUCGCAUCGGGACACGCCGAUGCUCCCGGUGGCGCAUCGUACAGCUUUUCGUAUGACGUGAGUGCGGCUGGAGGCCCCUUCCAACAGGAGAUCGGAGACGCCCUAGGUAAUAAGAAAGGCAUUUACGGUCUGCCAGGCCGAACAGUGAAUUACGUCGCCGAUGCGGGCGGAUUCCGCUCCAGCGUCCAGUCCAAUGAACCGGGUGUUGACAACUCCAAGAGCCCCGCAGACGCAGUCUUUACAGGAAGUCCUUCAGCCGUCGUACCGCCUCCUUCUCCAUCUGCAUCGUCCGGAAACACGGAAGAUGGGAAUGGGCUCGUGUUCCCGCCUCCCUACCUCGGAGGCACCGACGCACCUGCCACCGUUGCACCGGGUUCAGUGGCGACCGGCUACGGUACCCAAGACGCGUCGGGAGCACAAGAUCCAGCAAAUGUUGACGUCAUCAAACGACCCGAGCCAGCCGGAAUAGCUUUGGUGUAUUCCGGCCCUCCCGGUUCGCCUCCCUCAGGAGCUGCGCUCGUCCCGCCGUUUAGACUAGGUGCAGGAGCACCAACGAUUCCUGUUGCUCCAGUAGGCGGUGCAUUUCCAGCGCCACCCGGAGCCACGGGACCCGUAGACACUGGGUAUGGCCAGCAAGACGGUUCCGGAGCGUACAACUUCGCUUACGGAAACGGCCAAAUCGAAGGACCAUGGCAGCAGGAGUCUGGAGACGCUGAGGGCAACAAAGCGGGAUCGUACGGCCUCAGAAUCGACGAUGGCAGAUUUCGCACUGUCAAUUACGUCGCUGGAACCCAGGGCUUCAGAGCCAGCGUAGACACGAACGAGCCAGGAGUGGACGGUGCCCAGAGCCCGGCCGACGUCAUCGUCAACAAGAGUCCGGGGCCAGAGGGAAUUGUGCCAGGCGGUGGGUCCUCGGGCCCCAAUGGCGGCACUCAAUCCACAGCUGCUGGUGGCCUUCCUGGAGUUCAAGGACGGGUAGUCAUUCCUGCUGCUCCUGUGGGUCCCGCGAUAACAGGACUCCCAGGAGUGUCAUUGGUUUCUAGGCCUGUCGGCUUUCCUAGUGUUCAGGAACAGACUGUCGUCCCUGUUGGUUCAGUGGGCGCUGCCGUGUCCGGACUGCCAGCGGCGUCCUGGGUUCCUGGGACUACUGGAUUUUCCGGGAUUCGCGUUUCUCCAAGCGGUCCUGGGGCACCGGGUCUGAACGUGCCAGUGCCCACUGGCGAUGUAGUCUUCACCUCUCCAUCGCUCGGGCCUGCCGGCGGCUACAGUUUCGACUACAGUGGUGGGCCCGGAGGUGCCUUUCACCGUGAAGCAGGUGACGCUUCAGGGUCAAAGACUGGUAUCUACGGCUUCAACGGCGAGGGUGGCGCUGUUCGCACAGUGAACUACGUCGCCGACAACGCUGGGUUUCGAGCCAGCGUCCAGAGCAAUGAGCCGGGCGUCGACACAUCCCAGUAUCCUGCCCACGUUUCCCUUAGUUCACCCGGAGGCGCGGCCGUGAUACCAGCAGCUUCAUCAGUCCCAAGCACACCACAUACUACGCAUCACGCGAUCCCUGGAGGACACGCCCACGCGGGUACUCCGCACGCACUUUCAGGGGCCGGCGGGAGUUCAGCGGGACCCUGGAGUCCAGGAAAUGUUUGGCCUGAGUUGAGCCAAAGUCAUGGACCGGGUGGCUUUUCUUACAAAACCGAAGUCCUCGGUCCACAUCAGAGCGUCACCGAAGUUCACCAAUAUUAAUAGUGAAAAAAAAAGGACUCUACAUAUUCACCAGCGGGUGUUAUUUCCUCAAUGUUGUGAUAUAUACUGACAUAUAUUUUGUCCAAAUGCGUGGGGUCAACAAGCAUGCCGAGGCAAGGCUUUCGGCAUGUAUUGACGUUUCGCAAAGUUAUGAUACCUAGCUAGAAAGACAAUUGAAAGUCAAGUAGGACGAGUGAGGAAACCUUACGAGAGAGGGGAGGGGUUGGGAGUGGGGAGUCAGUUCGAGCGCAUGAGUGUGUCGUCGCGUUUGGAUCUUGCGGCUUUUAAUCCUUGGAUCGUGAGUAUUCUCUGUCGUCUAAUAGUACUACAAUUCGUCAGCUGCAAGAUCCGAAUCAAGUUUAUUUUAUGGGCUUUGCCUUCAGCGAUCAGAUCGUAGCGUAAAUAUGAAACCUUAGCGGGUAGCACGCAAGUGCGCAGAAGGCGGUGGUGACGUGCGUGUUUUCACCAAAGUAUGUCGUCAUUAGCAGAUGCGGGUUACGGUAACAGGGAGAAACUCGGUUCCUGAUUGCUGUGAUGUGAGUGUGAUGUUGACAAAUUGGGCGUUGUAAAAAUUUUGACAAUCAAUGUCACUGCUUCUUGCAAAUCGUCAAGGGUAACAUGUAUUAAGACUUGGUGAUUUGCCAUCAGAUCCAGUACUCUAGACUUUAGUGACAACCUCGAGCGUGGCUGCUUCAUGCUACGUUCGGACACCACAUCAGUGCAUUCAACGAAAGCGAGCAUUCGUGACUCGGUCUUUCAGUCCCAUCUGAGAAUGAGGCAAGUGUGUUACUAGACUGAGCAAAUUAUAUUCCUUUCCACUUUUCCAAUUUAAUGGACAUUGUUUACCAUACUUCUAAAGACUUUUCUGUGUGUCAAUGCUUAUUUGUGCUCUUUGUAAAGUAUAGACACGCGCACUUGAUCCCUUACUUCAUAACGCUAAAAUGCCUUUUUGGAGGGGACACUUAGCGUAUCGUGUACUACCAUCCAGCGAAACUUGUCUGCAAAAGCCCAGUAAGUAUUUGCGCUACCUCAUGCAUUCACGUAUGGGCACCUGCUCUGAUUUGUGUGUUAUGUGUGUUUUAUUUCAGAUGCAGGAAACGUGCUGUGUGUUUUGGAUAUUGGCUGUUAGUCUACUGCCUGGCCUGCCAUUUUCAGAGCGCAAGAAACAAAAAGAGAUAGAAUAGAGGGAUAAUAAAUGAAUUACCCAACA